AUGGAGCAGGCCUCAAACAUUGAGGACACGCAAAAAGUCUACGCAAUGCUCCGUCUAGUUAGUGGAAGACUCCCUGCAGUGGGUGACUGUGUGCACGAUGUUAUUGGCAGCUUUAGGGCUGACGAACCGUCCAAGGUCAUGCGAGGAUGUGAGCACUUUGAGCACCGUCUUAACUUUGAGGCUCAACUCUGCACACCCUCGCUCUCCUCAGCUCUGGAGCUUCACAACAGCGAGACGCCGCGAGAGGACGGUAUUCGUCCUAAAAUGCACAAGUGUUUUUUACACACUCUGGUGCCCUGGCUCCACAACGUGAUUGAGCAGGUGUGA